UGCGCUCACGUCCGGUCCCCCCACCCGGGCCCAGCAGCCGUCGCUCAGCCGCGCCCGGCCCAGCGGCUUGGUCUUCCCUCGCCCGGGGCCUCGGAGAGGCAGCGCGCGCCCUCCCGCGAGACAUGAGGGACCCGGCCCCUCGCUGAGGUUUCCUUAGUGUGAAGUAAAUGUGUUUAUGCCAGCCUGUAAACUACUGAAACUAACCUUUACCAUGGCAUCUGCAGCUCUGCCAGUUAUAUUUAAGGAGUUUUGCCCCCUGUACUAUCUCCUGAAUGCCAUUCCUACCAAGGUCCAAAAGGGAUUUCGCUCCAUUGUGGUGUACCUCACAGCACUUGAUACCAAUGAGGACUACAUUGCUGUGGGCAGUAGCAUUGGAAUGCUCUAUCUGUACUGCAGACAUUUAAACCAUAUGAAAAAAUACAAUUUUGAGGGGAAGACUGAAUCUAUUACUGCUGUAAAGUUGUUGAACUGCUUUGAUGAUCUUGUUGCUGUUGGUACAGUUUCAGGCCGGGUUGCAAUUUUUCAACUUGUCUCUUUGUUACCUGGAAGAAACAAACAGCUUCGGAGAUUUGAUGUGGCUGGUAUCCACAAAAGCAGCAUCACAGCCUUAGCUUGGAGUCCCAAUGGAAUGAAAUUAUUUUCUGGUGAUGACAAAGGGAAAAUUGUCUAUUCUGCUCUGGAUUUAGACCAGGGUAUCUGCAACUCCAGUCUGGUAUUGGAAGAACCAUCUUCAGUUGUUCAAUUGGAUUAUAGCCAGAAAGUGCUGCUGGUCUCUACUUUACAGAGAACACUACUUUUUUACACAGAAGAAAAAUCUGUCAAGCAAGUUGGAACACAGCCCAGAAAAAACACUGGCAAAUUUGGAGCAUGUUUUAUACCUGGACUGUGUAAGCAAAGUGACCUGACACUAUUUGCCUCAAGACCUGGGCUCCGCCUCUGGAAGUCUGACGUCCAUGGAACUGUGCAGGCCACCUUUAUUCUAAAAGAUGUAUUUGCUGGAGGAAUAAAGCCCUUUGAACUGUAUCCUCGGCUGGAGUCAUCUAACAAAGGAAAUUACAGCUUCCCAGAGAAACACCUUGGGCUCAUUUCUUGCCUUUCCCAGGAAGGAUGGGUGCUGAGCUGGAGUGAAUAUAGUAUCUAUUUAUUUGACACAAUGAACCAGGCUAUGAUAGGUGGCUUGGAAGGAUCUGGUGAUAUUGUGUCUGUGUCGUGUACCAACAAUGAGAUUUUUCUCUUAAAGGGAGAUAGAGACAUAAUAAGAAUUUCAAGUAGACCUGAAGGACUUUUAUCAAUAGUUUCAGAUGCAGAUUCAAAAUUGCUGAGUCCGUUACCAGAUUUGAGUCCCAAAUUGCAGAGCCCACUAUCUGUGGUUGUAUCUGUAUUGCCUGGCCCUUCAGUGGAAAUACAUCAAAAAAUAAAAAUGGUUCCUUCUCCCAAAAUUAUUGGUGAUAAAAAUGACUCUUAUUCUGUAGUGAAAGAUGAUCUGGAAACAACACUGGUAUUGGAGAAAAGUCUCGAUAGAGUGGAGGACUUAAGCAGUGAAACAAGAAAAAGAGGCUGUUCGGUAGUAAGUGAAUCAAGAAGCAGGAGCAGUUCAGUCAAUUCUGUGGACAGUGGCUCUAGUCUCCUGACAAGUGGAGACCAGCCAUUGUCUGAAGUGCCUAGAGAAAGUCAACCUUCUUCACAACGGUUCAGCGUAAUCAGCUGUGAAGACUUUGACCAGGAACUUAUUGUAAAACCCAUCAAAGUGAAAAAGAGGAAAAAGAAGAGACAAGAAAAUGUGACCAGGAAAAACCACAGCUCUCAGGAAGGUACACCAAAUUAUGAGCGUCAGUUUUCUGGUGAUAGUGUACAUUCUCUAAAUGCAGAUUCAUUGUCCAUGACUUCUAGCCUAAUGAGCUAUAGUAUAGAUCACUUGAGCACAGGUUCUCCUGAUCAGGAAAGUGAGUUCAGUGUGGAGUCACAUGCUGUCUUGCAGGAGGAUAAUGACUCGGAAUCAUUCAGUGUGCUUCAGUCUCCAUGCAUUAGUACAGCAACAGAUUCAGAAGAAAAUGGAGGUACAAUUGAAUUACUAAAACUUCCUAACAGGGACAGUGGAAUGAAUACACCAGCUGUUACAGCUACUCAGACAUCCAACCCUCUCUUAAGCCUCACUGAAGACGUAUGGGGUAGCGAAGAUACAGAAUGUAAUCCAAGCCUGCUUUCUGAAAAUACUGAAUGCCAUUAUAAAUUAUUACCCCAAAAGGAACAGAAUUUUCCUGUGCUAUGUAAAGUAGAUGAAACUUUGGCUAGAAUAAAUCUGAAGGAUACUGAAAAUGCUUUUGAAAAAACUAAGAUCACAGACGAAGUGUCUUUAGGUUUUAAUACCACAUGUGGUGCUGAAAAAUCACUGACACAGGAGGGAAGUGAUGAAGUUCACAGGGGAGAGCAGCAGCCACAUUGUUUAAUAAAUACUGCCUCAGAAAACCCUACAGAUCCCCAGCCUGACAUCUCUAGGGAAGAUGUGUGUUCACAAGAGACAGUUUCUGGAUGGGACUUGGAGGAUGCAAUCAAAGCUAAGUGUAGUGCUGCUGCUGCUGAAUUGGUAACCAACACCCAUGAUACCAGGACUGAGAGAUCUGCAUCCAGUGAUGAAGAGGAUAUUUAUGGUCAUGGACUACCAUAUUCAUCUUCAGAGACUAGUGUGACAGAAAUUGGGGGAAGUUUUACUUCCCAGGAUAUGACCAGAACAAGCCUAGAUGAAAUAAUGCUCUUAAAAUCAGAUCAGUUUGCAGAAAGCUGGAUGGGAUAUUCUGGCCCUGGCUAUGGGAUACUCAGCCUGGUUGUCUCAGAAAAGUAUAUUUGGUGUCUGGACUACAAAGGUGGUCUCUACUGUAGUGCUUUACCUAGUGCAGGUCUGCGGUGGCAAAAGUUUGAAGACGCUGUCCAGCAGGUGGCAGUCUCGCCUUCAGGGGCUCUUCUCUGGAAGAUUGAACAGAAAACUAACAAAGCAUUUGCCUGUGGAAAAGUAACCAUAAAAGGAAAGCGCCACUGGUAUGAGGCUUUACCUCAGACAGUAUUUGUAGCUUUAAGUGAUGACACUGCCUGGAUUAUCAGAACUAAUGGAGAUCUGUAUCUGCAAACAGGCCUGAGUGUGGAUCGUCCAUGUGCCAGAGCAGUGAAGAUUGAUUGUAUGUAUCCACUAUCUCAGGUUACAUCCAGAAACAAUGUAGUGUGGGCACUGACUGAGCAGCGGGCACUUCUCUAUCGAGAGGGAGUGAGCAGCUUCUGUCCUGAAGGAGAACAAUGGAAGUGUGAUCUUGUCAGUGAAAUGCAAGCUUUGGAACCAGUGUGCAUAACUCUUGGAGACCAACAGACGUUAUGGGCUUUGGAUGUACAUGGGAAUCUAUGGUUCAGAACUGGUGUAGUUUCAAAGAAACCGCAAGGAGAUGAUGACCAUUGGUGGCAAGUAAGCAUUACCGAUUAUGUCGUGUUUGACCAAUGCAGCCUUUUCCAGACAAUAAUCCAUGCAACACAUACAGUGGCAACAGCAGCCCAGGCUCCAGUAGAGAAAGUGGCGGAGAAACUUCGAAUGGCAUUUUGGUCACAGCAGCUUCUAUGUCAGCCAAGCCUUCUUGGAGUCAACAGUAGCGGGGUCUGGAUCUCUUCAGGCAAAAACGAGUUCCAUGUAGCAAAGGGAAGUCUAAUAGGAACAUAUUGGAAUAAUAUUGUGCCUCGAGGUACUGUUUCUGCCACAAAAUGGGCUUUUGUGUUAGCUUCCACAGCUCCAACUAAAGAAGGAAGCUUUCUGUGGCUAUGCCAAAACAACAAGGAUCUGUUUUGUGUCAGUGAUCAGAAUCCCCAGUUCCAUCCUUCUUCAGUUCAGCUACCGCCUGAUGCUGAAAUGGUGUGUUAUUCAGCCUGCCAGGAUGCCAUAUGGGGGUUGGAUAAACAAGGACGGGUCUUUAUCAGAACACUGUCACCAAGUUGCCCAGCUGGGAUGCACUGGACAAAACUGGACCUUUCUCAGCUAGGCAAAGCAGUCAGUACUUGGGUGGGAGCCCUUCAAGGAAAACUGUUUCAGAAAGCAGCGCUAGUGAUUCAGUUGGUGAUGCUCUUCUGUUCAGGUUGAUACUGAACUUAUGCCUCAGCAUGACACUGGGGACUAUGGUGCUGCUGAAAUUGCUGUCUUUGGUUGGAUGAGACAUAAAACCGUAGUCCUUGAUUGCUUGUGGUCAUUAAAACAUUCUCCCAAUAUGAUUCUCUUCAUAAGCAAUGGGGUGUCCUGGUUACCUAGCAGUUUAGCCAAUUUUAUUCUACAUGUGUAUUUCUUUUAUAGUGUCUCUCAGUUGGCUAUGUCUCUACUUCCUGUCCUAAAGUCUUUAAUGUUGUGCACUGUUCAUUAGCUGCCACAGUAUAUUGUAUGCAAGUCUCCUGGAGACAAGUGAAUUGAUUCAUGCGAAGGUGACAUAAUUAAGAAUGAAGUCCAUUCUAACAUCACUUCCAAAUUGGCUCUUAACUUCACAUUUUCUUUGGGAUGAAAUUUUCUGCAUUUGGCAUAAGAUCAAAGGUGAUUUUUUUUUAAAGUUGGAUGAAAAUCAGUUCAGCAAGUUUUAAGCUAGGCAAGCAUAAGCAACAGACUUCAUUUUAUGUAACAAUUACAUAAACAGUUAACAUUUUUAAUCUUUGUUUUUUAAAAAAGAAAAUCAUAAGUUAUGCACAGAAAAAACAUUGUCCAUGUUUAAAGCGUCAAGUUUUCAGCGUGGAAUAUGACCUAUUUUUUUUUAAUUGGACUGACUCCCAGCUGCCAAGAUGUCUUAAAUUUGAAUGCCUCUCAAGCUGUUUCACAUUCACUGGUUUGUGAGUGAGGCCACCAACAGGCUCCCUCACUUGCCUAGCAGGGCUUUGAACCUCUUCUAUAAUCAUUGUUAUUAUUUUCUAGCAGUUUAGGUGGUGAUAUUUCAAUUUCAUGGUUAAUACCUAGCUGUUAUAGCUUUUCCAUUGGUAGAUGUCGAGCACUUUACAAAGGAGGUGUAAGUAUCACUAGCCUCCUUCUACAGAAAGGGAAAUUGAGGCACAGCAGUGAAGUAACUUGUCCGAGAUCACCCAGCAGAGCUUGGAAUAGACCUUAGGUCUCCCCGCUCUGUUACAUAAAGUACCCACACAGCACUUGAUCCGUUCAGGUACAUUUCUCACUUCUGAGAUAUCCAGGACUUAAUAACACAUUAGAUGUAAAUCAUGUGGUGGUGUGAUGGAUCAGGGAGGUUUGUAGUAGAAGACUCCAGACUGUACUAAGCAAAUAAUUCUGUAGCAUGAGUAACCUUUCUUUGGGAGCCAGUGAGCAGAGAGAGGGCUGGAGGAUGGACACUAAAAUGUAAAUUGGUUUAUCAGCUGGGAGUCAUUUCAGUCAUUGCUAUAAUAUGUGAACUCUUGAAAAGACUACAGGAACUGUCAUGAUGGGUCAGGAGUAUUUAAACUGGUAUUUUUCUUUCUUGGCAUACAUUGGUGGCUUCACAGAAAGUUUAAUUAGUCAUAUCUUUACAGUGAAUUAUAGAUGUUAUUGUAGUGUAUCUUACAAUAAUUGUAAUGCACUAUCUGUGGGUUAACUGACUCAAAUCACUUUAAAUACCUUCUAGUAUUAAUUUAUAUAAACAAAAUUCUCAAUUAGUUGAUACAUUAUUUAAGAAUUAAGACAGUGGUCUCCAACCUUUUAUAUGCCCAAGAUCACUUUUUGAAUUUAAAGGCAUGUCAGGAUCUACCCCACCCCUUCCCCAAAGCCCCGCCCUGCUCACUCCACUUUCACCAGGCUUAGGUAGGGGGGCGAGGUUUGGGCGGGAGUGUGGGCUCUGGCCUGCGGCCGAGAGGCUCACAGUGUGGGAGGGGGCUCUGGGCGAGCCAGGAGCAGGGGUUUGAGGUGCAGAAGGGAGUGUGGGGUGAAAGCUCUGGAAGGGUGUUUGGGUGCAGGAGGGGGCUCCGGGUGGGGGCAGAGUGCUGGGAUAUGGAGGUCGGUACAUGGCUGGAGCAGGGAGUUGGGAUGCAGGAGGGGGAACAGGGUGGUGGCUC